GGUGCUGCCAUGAAAUGAAAAAGAACUAGGGCAAGAAGCCGAGAGAAAGAAAGAAAAAUAAAAUUUUAUUUUUCGAAACAAAAAGAAGACUACAAAUUAUUUUGCAGCAAAACCGCCGGUGGAGUUUCGUUCGCAAGGUUUCAACGUUUAAGCCUAGGAAUUUAUCUGCUUUACUAGGAAAUGUCACCAGCAUCCAAGUCUAAGUCAAAGGACAAAAAAGCUGGGAAAGAAACAUCAAAGGCUUCUUUAAAAUCAUCAGGAUCUGCUAUUGCAGGUAGUAGUAUCCCAGCUAGUGCGUACAAUCCAAUUUCAGGAACAUUUCAUACCUUUGAAUCAGUUCCAUCGUCCUCUGGAUCACCCCUUCAUAGUAAUGGUCGUUUCAGAAACAUAGAUGAAACAGACGAGCAUGUAGGAGGCUCCCAUGUAUUGGGGUUUGAGUAUGACUCUAUUUCUAACAAUGGUAGCUGGUCUGGUGAGUCAGAAGAUCACAAAGAGAAAACAUCUAAUGCUUUCCGACAGGAAAUAAUACCAGGAGCUGACAAUGAUAAGAGAGAAAAAAUCCGUCAGAAAAAUGAGAAGAAGCAUCAACGUCAGAAAGAGAGGCGAGCUCAGGAAUUACAGGAGCGAUGUAGUGGCUAUCUCAUGUCAAGAAAGCUUGAAGCAUUGGCUCAACAGCUUGUGGCAAUGGGAUUUUCUCAUGACCGUGCAACAAUGGCUCUUAUCAUGAACGAAGGCAAAGUAGAACAGUCUGUUGCAUGGCUGUUUGAAGGGGGUGAAGAAGCAGAUAAGAACAAGGAUCCGAAUCCUGGUGGGGGUAAUUUGAAAAUUGACAUAUCCGAAGAACUUGCUCGGAUUGAAGAUAUGGAAAUGAGGUACAGGUGUACAAAGCAGGAAGUUCAAAGAGCUGUUGUUGCUGCAGAGGGAAAUCUAGAAAAAGCAGCGGAAACCUUGAAGGCGAUGAAGGAGGAGCCACCCUCUGCACCAUCAAAGCCAGAAGAGACUGGCGAUUCUCCCACUAGUGAUAGUGGCAUGCAUUCAAUUAGUUCUAGUCGCAACUUGGAAGUAAGGUCGCAAUUAAAAUCCAAUCCACCUCUGACUAUACAACAGCGGAGGGAUGAAAAGGAUUUCAACUACACAAAAGCAGCUGUUACAGCUGGAGUAUCUUCCCAAUCUAAUAGUAAAAGUGUUCCAGCCCUGAAGAGAAUUGAACCAAAGCUUGAGUGGGCAAAACCUCAAAAACCUGUAGUGCCUGCUGAGAAAAGAUGGACAACUGCAGGAUCUAAUUCUUCCGGUUCCUAUUCCCUGACAUCACCUUUGCAAGCAUCAGCUCCACCGGCCAAGGCAGAAACUCGGUAUAUACCUGUUGGAAUUGAAAUCAAGAAUCUUCCAUCAACAGUUAGGGAACCAGUUAUUAUGAUGCAACGACCCCAAUCUCUGAGUGCAAAGCAUGUUCCAGCUACAAGCAUGAGCUCAUCUCCUCCAACAACCGCUGUUAGUUGGUAUCCUACAAAUAUUGUUGAAAAUAUGAAGUCCAAUGGGUUUAUGAGCCACAUCCCGAGUACAAGUCAUAGUACGAGCACUAUUAACUCAAAUCAGAUGUAUCACCAGCUUCACUAUCCACAACAGCAGCAAUACUUCAUUCCUAAUAGCAGUCCAGAGGAGUCUACUGGGAAUAUUUAUGGAAAUACUUCAUGGAGUAGGGCAGGUUCUGUGCCCACAAUUUCUGCGGCUUCCUCCCUAGGACUUUUCUCAGGGUUGGGAUCAACUGGCACAUCUGGUUCUUCCUCUCCAGUUGAUUGGAGCACUGCUGGCUCGUUGGCACAGUUUGACUACACAAAUAUCGACUGGAGUUUGAAUCGAGGCUUAUCUUCCCCAAGUCCUAGCAGAUUGUGGCCGGGGACAACAACUUCAGUUAAGAACUCUCAUAUAUAUAAUUCAAAUACUAAUCCUGAGAGUGUUAAGUCAACAUUGAGAUUGACUCCAGCCAAUGGGAAUGGUGUUCCCAUUCCGGGAUUGAAGGAUGGUGUAGUGUCUAAUGGCGAUUCAUCAGCUGCCGGUUCUCGAGAGUGGACAUCACCAUUUGAAGGGAAAGAUCUUUUUAGCUUACCUAGACAGUUUGUUUCUUCUGCUUCUCUGUAGGGUGGGAGAAAAGACUUAAAUGAAUAAAUUGAAGGAAAAAAAAAAAAAAAAAAGUGUAUGGAUUUGAUGUUUUUAUUGUUGGUUCUUCUUAAGAUGCUGCUGUUCUGUUGAUUGUUGGUAAAUAUAUCUAGUGAAAAAGCAUCCCACAGUCCUUGAUUCCUUUUUCAUAAUCUGAAUAUUCAGAUAUUGUGCUAUUUGUUUUCUUCAAUU